AUGCAGACUGCCAGGCAGAGGAAGGCCGAUAUACUUAUCUUCAGUGAGCAGUAUAGAAAGCCACAAUUCUCUGUCUGGUUUCAGGACGCAUCGGGCAGGUCCGGGAUUCAAGUUUGCAACCCGGACAUCGCUGUCAGCGAUUUCCUCGAGACAGAUAAGGGCUUCGUUUGGGUAGAGGGGGCGGGUGUUCGUAUUUACAGCUGCUACUUCUCCCCAAACGAUCCCCUAAAGAAGUUCGACACCGAGAUUCGCUCUCUUGAGGAGAGCGUAAAAGCUUUCCGCGGGGAUGUCCUCAUUGCGGGAGAUUUCAAUAGUAAGUCGCCGGAAUGGGAAGAGACCCGCCAGGACAGGAGAGGAAUCUUGGUCACCGAUAUGGUCUCGGCGAAUGACCUGGUGGUGAUGAACCGGGGCAAACAGCUCACUUUUAGGCGAGGAGCGUCAGGGUCAAUUCUUGACCUAACAUUUGCAUCUUCUCGCCUGGCCUGCAGAGUAGAGAAUUGGAAGGUGCUGGAUCAGGUGACCAUGAGCGACCACCAGUACAUUGAGUUUUCAGUCUCCGAGGAAGAGCCGGGAGGGUGCAAUCGUCCACAAAAGGACAAAAAGAAACCUUCCUGGAACCUCAGAAGACUAGAUAGAGAGAAGUUGGUAAAGUCCCUGUCCGAAGCUCGCCUUAUCAAGAGGUCCAGCUGGCAGAAGGAGCCAACUUCUGUACAGGGUAUAGCGAGAGAGGCGAGGCAGAUUAUAGCGGAUGCUUGCAACUGCUCUAUGCCUCGCCGGCGCCAAACAAAAGCAAGGAAGGGUGCUCUGUACUGGUGGAGCGAUGAAUUAGCCCGCUGA